AUCGUGAUCAUGUGGAUUUUGCUGCUGCUCCUAACUCUUCUUAAAGCGAACUCUACCAGGGCCCUUUUCGAUCAGUGCAAUCACCAGGUGAAGCUGCAAACGGGCCAGAAACUGCUCAUCAACUCGCCCUAUUACCCGGCUUUGUAUCCUAGAGGCACAUCCUGUCGCUAUGCCGUGGAGGCUCCCAAGGAUCAGGUUCUGCAAUUCAAAUGCGAACUCCAGUUGCAGACGCUUUCCACGGACUUGAAAUGCCGCACGGAGGUGUUUCACUUCAAUUCCGAGGGCGACGAGGUGUUAACAAGCUCGGAAUACUUUUGCGGCAGCGGAAAAUUCGAGCGCAAAAGUUUUCUCAAUCGUGCGGUGAUUUCGUACAUAUCCAAUGGGCAUUCGGAGCCGCCCUCAGCCGUGAAGUUAAAGGAUAAACUCUCGGCGGGAACAAGUACAAGCUCAACUACCGAGGCACCUCAAGCUGUUUCCAUAGAGGAGCAGGACGAGGAAGAGACGGAGGCGGUGCAGGAGGGGCCAGAGGAAUCCGAGGAAGACCUCGGCGACGAAGUGCUGCACGUGCUGCAAGAUGUGGGCGUCAGCGAUGCACUGGCCUAUGUGGCCUCCUUACUUUACGACGACGAAGAUGCCAGGAAGUCCAGAACCACUACUAUUUACCUCCACGCACUGCCAAUUCGCAGCAGUUCGAAGACUUCCGGAAAACGUGCCCGGAUUGUUACCAGCUACCCACUGGCCCCAUCCCCUCGCCAGGGAGGAGGACGCUUCUCCUGCCUCGUGGAGGCCAUUCGGCCCACGUGCAGCUGCGGCUGGAGCCGCACUCCCCGGAUAGCCAGUCCCACCAACGAGGAGGCCGUCCUGCACGAGUUCCCGCCCAUGGCCGGCGUGCUGACCAAGAAGCACGGAAAGCUCUUCUGCGGCGCCGCAAUCAUUCAUCAUCACUACUUGCUGUCGGCGGCGCACUGUUUUCUUGGCCCGGAGACGAGCAGUGCCGCCCAAUUGCGGGUGGUGGUGGGCGAGCACGACUUGGCCAGUGCCUACGAGACGUUCGCCACCCGUCGCUACGACCUUGAGGCCUUGAUCCUACACGAGGAGUUCAGCCAGGCGAACGGGCAGCCCAGGAACGACAUCGCCCUGCUGAGGACGCGAACGCCGAUCGUGUGGAGUCGGAACGUGGGUCCUGCCUGUCUGCCACUGCAACCGACGGAGGAUGGCAGGAAGCUUCCGCUGGCGGGGCACCAGGUGGUCGCCGCCGGAUGGGGUACCACUUCGUACGGCGGACCACAGACCCACCGCCUGCUGAAGGCCACCUUGGAUGUGAUUGACGGGCAGCAGUGCCGGCAGACUUUGAUCUCCGCCGGAGGAGGAGUUCCGCCGCACUCCUUUUGCACCUACACGCCCGGGCGGGACAUCUGCCAAUACGAUUCGGGCGGGGCUCUUUACGAGCGGAUCAACGGACGUCUGGUGGCCGUGGGCAUCGUCAGUUUCGGCCAGGCCUGCGCCACCCAACAGCCGUCGGUCAACACACGCGUCGCCUCCUUCAUCAAGUGGAUCCGUUCCAAAAGCCCCGAGGUUGCCUAUUGUCCUGGCCGGGUAUAAGAGCA